AUGCAAUGCGGGCGUGUACAUAGGAUGGGGUUGGGGUUAAUCCAAGUUCUUUCUUUUAAAACCGGAAUGAAGGGCAUCGUAGAUUUUCUCUGCUUUUACACUGCCUAUUCCUGGGCAGCUUUCAAGGGUCUUUCUGUCCGCUUUUGUGAUAUUUGA